CCAGCACAUAACUCGGCGCGGUCGCCGUCUGGGGCAGCAGACACCCAGCCACUCCGAGCUGAACUGGCAGCAUGAAGGCCCUCCUGGCCCUGCCGCUGCUACUGCUGCUGCUCCCCACUCCCCACUGUGCCCCCCAGGCCCCCUUGAUCCGAGGAGAUGCUCUGGAGAAGUCCUGCCUUCAGCAACCCCUGGACUGCGACGACAUCUACAGCCAGGGCUACCAGACCGACGGCGUGUACCUCAUCUACCCCGAGGGGCCCAGCGUGCCGGUGCCCGUCUUCUGCGACAUGACCACUGAGGGCGGGAAGUGGACGGUUUUCCAGAAGCGAUUCAAUGGCUCAGUGAGUUUCUUCCGGGGCUGGAACGACUACAAGCUGGGCUUCGGCCGUGCAGAUGGGGAGUACUGGCUGGGGCUGCAGAACCUGCACCUCCUCACGCUGAAGCAGAAGUACGAGCUGCGAGUGGACCUGGAAGACUUUGAGAACAACACGGCCUAUGCCAAGUACGCCGACUUCUCCAUUGCGCCCAACGCAGUCAGCGCCGAGGAGGACGGCUACUCCCUCUAUGUGGCAGGCUUCGAGGAUGGCGGGGCAGGCGACUCCCUGUCUUACCACAGCGGCCAGAAGUUCUCCACCUUCGACCGUGAUCAGGACCUCUUCCUGCAGAACUGCGCUGCCCUCUCCUCAGGAGCCUUCUGGUUCCGAAGCUGCCACUUCGCCAACCUCAAUGGCUUCUACCUGGGUGGCCCCCAUCUCUCCUACGCCAACGGCAUCAACUGGGCCCAGUGGAAGGGCUUCUACUACUCCCUCAAGCGCACGGAGAUGAAAAUACGCCGGGCCUGAGCCCUGGCCCCAAGCCCCGGCUCCUGGCUGCUGGCCUCCAGGAGCGCUCCCCUUGCUGGGCUUGCGCCCCCUGCACCCCUCCCCCAGUCAGCUCUGCUUCUCACGGGGCUUUAUGGCUCUAGACCCAGCUCACCUUCACACCAGGCGUCCACCCGAGCCAGGCCUCUCGCCCUCCACCUGAGGCAAAGCUGCCAGCCAGUUCCCAGGCCUCCUCUGCCCCCGCCCAACACCGAGCCAGGAGCUGCUCGCCCCGGCGGCAGGCUGGUGUUCCCCUUCGCCAGCCUCCUUCCCGCGGCUCAGCUGCCGGGCGCGCCUGGCGUGAUCCGCACCCAGAGGACGCCAGGCCCCCUGCGUGGCCGCCAUCACACACCCUAGCAACCCCCCUGGCUGUUCUGAGCGUCUCACCCUUCGCUGCCUCCCACCAACUCCUUCUCUAGUGGUGAGCACCGUGGGCCCCUCGCCCUACCUAUCACCUCAGUGUCUCUGCUUCCUGUCCCAGGCCCCCAAGGUGUAUUUCACCACAGCUCCUGCACGCACCCCAAACAGCCACAACCCGAGCACAGGCUGCGGUGGGAGGCUGGAAGCAGGCGGGGGAGGUCUCAGCCUCAGGACGGGCGAGUGGGCUGUGGCGGUUGUAUGUGCAACUGCAUCUGUUGGCUCCCAACGUGGGGCCUGGCUCCUCCUUCCCCUUCCUAACAGCACCCGCCCUCCACUCCAAAGACACGCGGAGUUAGCACCAGAGGGAAACUUCUAUUUCACAGGCCUCAUUUUUAUGGCAAAGAGAACGACUAAUAAAAUUACAUAAUAAAAAUAGAA